AUGAGUGAUCUUGGAUUGCUGUAUCAUUUUCUUGGUAUUGAGGCCUACCAAGAUGAAUAUGGAGUUUUUAUUUGUCAAAAGAGAUAUGCCGAAAAUAUUUUGAAAAAGUUUGGCAUGUAUGGCUGCAAACCUGUUGAUAUUCCUUUAGUGGUGAAUGAAAAAUUACAGAAGGAAGAUGGUGGAGGAUUAGUAGAUGCAAGCAUGUAUAGAAGUUUGGUUGAAAACUUGUUUUAUCUUACAACUUCAAUGCCCAAUUUAAUAUUUGUUGCUAGUUUACUCUCAAGAUUCAUGAGUAAACCAAGUCAUUUACAUCUCGAGGCAGUAAAAAGAGUUCUAAGGUAUGUCAUGGGAACCAUGGAGCAUGGCGUCAGAUUUGAGAAGAAUUCUAAACUUGAAGUUAAAUGGCAUUGUGAUAGUGAUUGGGCCGAAAGUGUUGAUGACAUGAAGAGCACUUCAUGUUAUAUAUCCGACCUUGGUUCAGGUGGUGAGUGUGGGAAGGGUGCACGGCCGCCGAAGCUUAUGGUGUAA